AUGGCGUUAACGGAUCACUCAUCGGUCAAAGACUGCUUGCAAUCUCUCGGAAACGCCUCCGAAAUACCCGAAGCCGUACGAAGACACCGAGCUUCGCUGAAUCCGGAACCGGGACAGAUCCGGGUGUAUCACGGCAGGGCGCACGAUUCGGACCGGCGGCGGGCGGCCGAUCUGACGCACGGCGUCAGCACCAACUUCUCCAUCAUGGCGUCCGAGCUCGUCACGCCGGCGCCCGCGACGCUGAUGCAAGCCCAGCUCGACGAGAGGCGAGAGCGCAUGUACGCCAGCCACCGGCAGGCGCCGCUCGGCAGGUCGCGCCACCAAGCGCCCGACGCUCCGUGCUACGACACGUCGGACGCGACCGUCUUCGGCAGCCCGCAGCGCAUCAAGGACGACGCGGGCGUGAUAGUGAACCCCGCUAAGUCGCCGCGGCAGGUCGACGCCGAGUACGAGCAGGGUCGCGAGCUGUACCGACUGACGCACCGCAACUUCGGCGUCGGCGAGUCGGUCGACCGCAAGUACGACUGGAGCGCCGUGCGAGCGACGACAUUCGGCAUAGCGACGCCGCACGACAACGCCGGCCGGAACGUGCGACAGACGCUGCAGUGGAACGACGACGCCGACGGCAACAUCAUAUCGAAGCGGCUCGACGAGUUUCGCGAGCGCACGCAGCCACAGCUCGCGCGCGUCUACUCGCCGCUCAAGGACACGCUGAAGGUCGGUGACGAGCAGGCGUUCGGCGUGCGCUGCCGCCGCGACCAGUACGACGCCGGCGACCUGAUCCACGCGCGCGCCGCUCCCGCUUGCCAGCGCAACACCGACAAACAGCGCGGCAUGCUGGCGGCGAUUCGGCAGCAGCUGAAGAAGGCCAACUACCACAACUUUCCGACUCUCGCGCACGCGUUCGGACGCUGUCCGCGCGAUGGCGCCACCGACGCGAUCGACGCCGACGGGCUGCGCAAGAUGUGCGAGCGCUUCAACCUGACGCUGAGCGACGAAAUGUUGCGUCUGCUGAUGCAGUGGUGCGACACGAACGCCGACGGUCGCAUCGACUACAACGAGUUCGCGAACUUUCUCAACUGGAAGGACAUGCUACCGUCGUCGGAUCUCGCGGAGACGAACGAGCGCAUUCCGACGCUGCAGAAGCAGAUCGACAAAGCCAUCGAGGACUAUCGCACGUCGUCGUCGGACAUCGCCGCCGUCGCCGGCGCCGUCGAUACGUCCGGCUACCGGAAGUACGGCGUUCCAACGAUCCGGUCCGACUUACCGGUUCCGAACGCGAAAAAGAUUUCCGACACGAAGAACUACGGCGAAGAGCCGGAUGCGUCCGGAUUGCUAAACCCCAACAUGUUAUCCAGCUACGGGCUGAUGCCUCGCGAUGUGUUCACGCCACGACCCAAGGAAGCCAUUCGGCAAGUGUUCACAAAUCUGACGAAGAUGUCUCAGGAGGUCUUCGAAGAACUGUGGGGAAAGGCAACUGCGAAGCAUCCUAGUGGACUUGUCAGUAUCGAGUCCUUCCGUCAAGCUCUCGAGGAGAACGAGGAAUGUAAUCAAAGCAAAUAA